UAUAUAUAUAUAGAUAGAUUAUAUAAAAAAAUCCAAUAAAUAAUAUAAUUAAAAAAAUUCGUCUUGUUCUUCGGAAGUGCAGAUUUACGAACUGAGGAAGAACUUGUGAGACCUGGGAGAUCUGAGGACGAAGAAUCAUCAUAAAAAUUGAUAAUGGUGCAGAAGCGUGAAGGACGAAUAAAAUGGCUGAAUCGGAUGGUGUCGGAGCCGUACUAUUUUCUCCAUUUCAUCGCCUUUUUCUCUUACCUACCGAUUCGUAGCUCCGCCUCUCCUUACGUCUCCGAUCGACUUCUGGAUCGAGAAAUCCAAGCAUUUCUAGCGCUUAUGAUGCUUUCUGCUGUUAAGAUGGUGAGGGAAGAAACGUGGGAGGCAUUCAUCGCAGAUAUUCUGUUCUAUGCAAAGAUAUUUCUCAUCGCGGUUUCGUUGAUUACUGAUUAUCGCUUAGCUCUCUGGUAUUCUGUUGCAUUUUCAGUUAUAUAUCUCUUGGCUCUGCAACCCGCAUUCGAUAAACUAGGAACUGCCAAAAAGUUGACUCCUUUGCAGUUGGAGGAAUUGCUAUCAGAAGGGAACACAACGACAUGCUGGUUGAUAGAGUUCUAUGCAUCUACCUCAUCAGCGUUUGUUCGUUCAAGUCGCUGCUUUCCCGAGCUCUCCAUCACGUACUCGAAUGAUAUUUUGUCUUUCGGAAUUGUUGAUCUGGGACUUUUCCCUAACGUGGCUGCAAAAUUUGGAAUAUCUCUUGCCGGUGGGAUGAGUCAGCUGCCCACAUACAUAUUGUUCGAGAAGGGAACCGAGGUUUCCCGAUUUCCCGACUUUUAUGUCGAAGCUACCCCUUCGCUACCCAUAACCAAGAAACUUCUGUGUCAACAUUUUGAGCUCGAUCGGCUUCUUCUUGAUUACGUAAAGGGAUCAUAGUCUGGAAAAUAUCGGACAUGUACACAAACAAAACUGAAGUCAUUUUGGUUUUUGGACAUACCUUACUGAAGUCCGUGAACCAAGCGCAGGUCGGGUUUCGGUCAACAAGUAUGUUGGUGAUAGCAUACGUUGAGACUGGAAAUUCUGGUCAAAUUUAUGAGCCUUCUUUUCAUGCCCAUCAUUCAUUCCAAAGAGUUCACUUUUUAGUUAAAAGUUUUAACUUUUGCAUCGAUUUACAAGUUCCAUUUUUAUUUCCAUGUCUAUAUAAAUUGUUGUCAUAAGCAAAUACAUACAUAUAUAUGCAUGUGUAUAUUUA